UCCUUGCGGAACUAUUCGCUCUGGAUUUUGUUUCAACGAACUCCUUUUCCGGACGGACGUGGAAGUAGUAGCUGUACAAUCCAUUAGGUGAGCUACCAGCCGCCAUAAAGCAAAAAUGCCCAAAAAGAAAACUGGAGCUCGGAAAAAGGCCGAAAGUCGUAAAGAGCGAGAGAAACAGAUUCGAGCUAACCGGGAGCAUGUUGACGUGGCCAAACAGCCCUGUAACUCCAACAUGGAAUGUGACAAAUGUCAGAGAAAACAGAAGAACAGAGCAUUCUGCUAUUUCUGUAAUUCGGUGCAGAAGUUGCCUGUCUGUGCUCAGUGUGGCAAAACCAAGUGUAUGAAAACGUCAGACUGUGUUAUCAAGCAUCCAGGUGUCCACAGCACUGGAAUGGCCAUGGUGGGGGCAGUGUGUGACUUCUGUGAAGCCUGGGUAUGCCAUGGCAGGAAAUGUUUGAGUACUCAUGCCUGUGUGUGUCCCCUGACUGAUGCAGACUGCAUCGAGUGCGAGCGGGGAGUCUGGGAUCAUGGAGGUCGCAUUUUCCGGUGUUCUUUCUGUCACAACUUCCUCUGUGAAGAUGAUCAGUUUGAGCACCAGGCAAGCUGCCAAGUCCUUCAGGCAGAAACAUUCAAAUGCGUUUCCUGUAAUAGACUGGGACAGCACUCCUGCCUGCGGUGUAAGGCUUGUUACUGUGAUGAUCACGCUAAGAGUAAGGUCUUCAAACAGGAGAAGGGCAAAGCUCCACCAUGUCCAAAGUGUGGCCAUGAAACGCAGGAAACCAAAGACCUCAGCAUGUCCACUCGCACCCUGAAGUUUGGACGGCAGACCGGUGGCGACUAUGACUAUGACGACGACUAUGACGGAGCGUCAGGGUAUGAUGCCUACUGGAAGAAUGUGGCAUCUGGAGGAGGUGGUCAACAGGACAACUAUGGAGAAGAUGACGACUACGAGGAAGAUGAGUAUGAAGAGGAUGACGAUGAGGAGGAGGAAGAUGAGGAAGACGAGGAAGAAGAGGAAACCGCUUCAGAAUCCCUGACUGAGCUAAAGUUAGACGAGACUGUUGCCCAAACUACCUAAACUACGACAGACUGGAGAGUCUGUCAAAGGGGAGAACACUGUGUGGGGCUGUGUUGAUCCUCGAGGUUUACUUCAGUAAUUAGAGGGAUAUUUCUUUGUUUUUAUUGUUUUUUUUCCCUUUGAAGUAGGGCGGCUGUGUGUCGUAUUUAUUAGUCAUUUCCUUACCUGGGUUAGACAGUAAUCAGAGCAAGCUUAUUUUGAAUGAGAAGAAAUGUCUACUGAGCUAGACUAACAGCUACUCAAAGGAGCCAUGAAAAGAGUCAAUUUUGCCAACUUAAAAAAACCAAACAAAUCUAAAUAUUUUUCAUAGUGAUUUUAGCAAGAAUUAUGUUGUGGAUUUUUUCACCACUUCAUGUCUGCAUCAGAUAGCGGUUGAGUUUGUCUACAUUCUUUCUUAACUGCAAAACAUCCUGGUUACAACAUGGGUUGAAUUAUGUAAAUCCUGUCUGUGUAACUACAUUAUGUAAAAGUGACACACUUUAAAAAUCUACAAUAAAAUUUGCUCAAACCACUAAAAAAAAAAAAAACCUCUGAGGUUUGAGUUGGUUUAGAUGGCAAAAUAUUCAUCCUUCUAUGCCCCUCCUUUAAGUAGGUCUCAACUCCCCUGUGUCAGGUAACUUUUUUUAACUUAUUACAUAGUCCUCUGGCUGCUACUGCAGGUCAGACUGACAACUCAUCAGGACUACAAACAGCCACACCUAAAAAACAAACAACUAUCCCUUUAAAAUGGACACUGAAUACAGACAAGAUGACACGUCUACAUGCAAGUGGAUGGUAUGGAGUGUGUAUUCUGAUACUUUCAAUACCUUUAAGAAAAUGCUGUAUGCUCCCAUUCAGUGGCUACACAUGAAUCUGUACAGACUAAGAGAAUAAAGUAGCAGGCUCAAGUGAUAGCCUGUUUAAAUCAGGAGCUAACAUAAAAUCAUUUCAUAAGUUAUGAAUUUAACUACUCCUGGAAUGAGUUUUUUUCCUCCCUUGGGCUGCUGCCAAAACAGUUGAUUUUAAUAACCGGUUCAGCAAAUUGCUUUAUUCUUUUGAUGUUAUAUUGAGGCACAAGUGUGUGCUGUAAAUGAAUUUUGAUAGAUGGAAAAUCUGAUAGCUCACAUUUGAUUCAUUUUGGCAAAUUGCAUCAGUCCCUAUUCCUAUCUU